UGCAUAGUGGGAAACCUGGCAGAAACCGACUGGAACCUAAUGAUAACCACCGUACAAGAUGGCGGACGAAGCGGCGUGGUUAAUGUUCUGACUUGCCUGACUUCUCGAGUUUUUCAACUCUCUCUUUCAAAUGUGACGCUUCUUAAGGUAGGUACUAGCUUAAAACGAAAGUUUUGCAUUUUUUUAAGGCCAUGAUAAACUGAAAGUAGAAUCUCAGAAACUAAACCCUUCAUGUAUAUGCCAUGUGUUUUGCUUAUUUUCCUUCUUCAGCAGUUUCAGUUGAAGUAAAGUUUGUACAUAAACCGUAAUAACGCUGGUCAUUUAAGUUUAUUGUGAAGUUUUUAACCUGUUCUUACUAAAUCCUCAUUUUUCUUUUACAGUUCUCAAGCCCUACUUCCAGUUUAUCCUGA